GUGGACUCCAAGCUCAAGGAAUUCACCAUCGAGACCUCUCCCUCCUCCAUCUCGUCCCUCUCACGCACGAACCGUGCCAGAUAUCAUACCGCAAACAGCACGAAACCCUCUUCAAUCCCUUCCUUCUCUUGCUUUGCGAUUCCGAUUAGUUUCUGCAACAAACGAACAGCAAAGCAGAGGGGUUUAGGGUUAGUUUCGAUUGGAUUGCUAACCGUGUGACAUAGAGCGAGGGAAGGGAAACAUGUAUGUGAGGGCGGUGCCAACGACGGAUCUGAAUCGGAACACGGAGUGGUUCACGUACCCGGGUGUCUGGACCACAUACAUCUUCAUUGUCUUCAUAUCUUGGCUUAUCGUUCUAUCCGUCUUUGGCUGCUCGGCUGGCACUGCGUGGACCAUCGUCCACCUCGCACAUUUUUUCGUUACAUACCAUUUCUUUCAUUGGAAGAAAGGAACUCCAUUUUCUGAUGACCAAGGUAUCUACAAUGGGUUGACUUGGUGGGAGCAAAUAGAAAACGGCAAGCAACUCACACGCAAUAGGAAGUUUUUGACAGUUGCGCCUGUUGUCCUGUAUUUGAUAGCUUCGCACACAACAGAUUAUCAACACCCCAUGCUCUUCUUUAACACACUGGCAGUAUUUGUGAUGGUGGUUGCCAAGUUCCCAAACAUGCACAAGGUCCGGAUAUUCGGAAUAAAUGCUGAUCACUGAACUGCGAAAAGGAUCUUCUGUUCAGUUAACAACAAUCUAUAGUUGUGAUAAUUUUUGCCUUGCAAUCCAAUGGGUUAAUCUCUGUACAUCUCUUGAAACGGAGAAAGGAGUUUCUUUUUUCCAUUUUAUGUUGUGGAUACAUACACCUGCCUUCGUUAUGUACUGAGAAGUAAUAGUAUACUUCCAUUGAAUUUUAGUUGGCAACUAUUUCUGGGUUUGGCUUUCUCUAUUGCUUCAGCCCAAAACUUCAUAUCUGAUUGUCUGUUGAGUUGAAGUAUUUUGAUAACCAAAUUCAAUUCAAUAUGAUUGUGUGUA